AUGGCCUGGCUGCUCCGAGGGCUCCCCGGGAUGCUGGUUAAAGUGCGGCUCCCCCCGAUGGCGCUGGGGACCCCGAGAGCAGCCGCCGGGCCCGGGCUGCUCACACGGACAGUGGCUCCCCACCGGGGCACAGGCUUCUGUGCAGCUGAGCGCCCAGGCGAGCCCCCUCAGCUGUGCCCGGGACGGGGCCGCCCAAUCCCUGCCCAGGACACUGCACCCCCUGCCCUGAGCGCGGGGGCUGUUCGGUGGUGGUGCCACGUGCCGCCUGCCGGGGGCUGCUGGCUGGGCGCUGCCUUCCCACCCGCACUUAAAGAGGUGGGGUCUCUGACUAGACUGGAUAAAACAGCUGUCACCACUGUUUGGCAAAAGAAAUUGACUGCGGAACAGUUCUAUAUCAUGAGAGAAAAAGGAACUGAACUGCCAUUUACCGGAAUCUAUCUGAAUAACAGAGAUCCAGGAAUGUACCAUUGUAUAUACUGCAAUGCCCCAUUGUUCAGGUCAGAGAAGAAAUACGAUUCUGGCACUGGAUGGCCUUCAUUUUCAGAAACUUUUGGUGCAUGUGGUACAGAUGAAUGCAAUGCCAAUAUCCUGAGGCGUCCAGAUACCUCAUUGGGAUCAACUAGCACAGAAGUCAUUUGCAAACAGUGUGAUGCCCAUCUUGGUCAUGUGUUUGAUGAUGGUCCCAGACCUUCUGGACAAAGGUUCUGUAUCAACAGUGUUUCGUUAACAUAA